AUCCAAUCUCACCGUCCGAUUAAGCACCAAAAGUCCACCCACAGGUCUGUCUCCUCCAUCUUUCUUCUUUUGUCAAAACCCAAAAAGACACGCUUUCUCUGUAACUGUAAAACUCCAUUGAAGAACCUAUACAAGCAGCUCAGCUUCUCAGUCUCAAUCAGCGUAAAAGCUACCCCUUUGUGUUUUUCCUUUUUGGGUGGUUGUUUUCUUCACAAAUGUUGUGGUGAAACUGCUUGCUUGUGCACAAAAAUGGCUUCUCAAGAUCAUGUUUCACACGAAAUGGCUUUUCAGUCAUCUCUAGCUGUAUCUGCCUCUUCUGCUGCCUCUGCUGGCCCCUCAUGGCUCAGCAACGCUGCACUCCGUCUCAACGACGACGUUUUGAUUCAGAACCGAAGCGAGAAAGGGGACCGUAAUGAUAACAAAAACAGCGGUGAAGAUGAGUUGAUAGAUGGUGGGGGUAUAGGUGGGGACAAUUGGGAGAGGGCGAAAUGCAAGGCGGAGAUAUUGGGUCAUCCGCUUUACGAACAGUUGCUAGCAGCGCAUGUCGCUUGUUUGAGGAUUGCGACGCCGGUGGACCAGCUGGCGAGGAUCGACGCUCAGCUAGCUCAGUCGCAGGAAGUGGUGGCUAAGUACUCUCUGCUUGGGAACGGUCAAGUGGUGGACGAGAAAGAGCUUGAUCAGUUUAUGACACAGUAUGUUCUGUUACUCUGUACUUUCAAAGAUCAAUUGCAACAACACGUUCGAGUUCAUGCUAUGGAGGCUGUAAUGGCUUGCUGGGACCUUGAGCAAUCUCUGCAAAGCUUGACAGGAGCAUCACUAGGUGAAGGCUCUGGUGCAACAAUGUCUGAUGAUGAUGAUGACCUGGCAGACAGCGACACCAACUUGUACGAUGGAAGUCUGGAUGGGCCAGAUUGCAUGGGAUUUGGUCCUCUUGUCCUCACUGAAAGUGAGAAGUCAUUGAUGGAGCAUGUAAGGAAAGAAUUAAAGCACGAACUAAAACAGGGUUACAAAGAGAAGAUUGCGGACGUUAGAGAGGAAAUUCUUCGCAAGCGAAGGGCUGGAAAAUUGCCAGGAGAUACCACCUCCCUCUUAAAAGCUUGGUGGCAAUCACAUUCAAAGUGGCCGUAUCCAACCGAGGAAGACAAAGCAAGACUAGUUCAGGAAACAGGCUUGCAGUUAAAGCAGAUAAAUAACUGGUUCAUAAACCAAAGAAAAAGGAACUGGCACAGCAGCCCUUCAGGAUCUACCACGAAGAGCAAGCGGAAGAAUUUUGCAGGUGAAAGUAGUGAUGAAUAAGACAGAAAACCUUGACCAAAGACUAGUAUUUUUGCUGCCUUCACCUGGAGAACAUCAUUACCAUAGCAUGACAGCCACUGGAAUGAGAGACAGUAUAUGUACAAAAAUAGCUUGAAAAGUUCUGUUUGGAUGUCCAUGUCCAUGUCCAUCAAUUGCCUGUACAGGAAAGUUAAGCCUGGGAAAAGACUUUGCCAUUAGGAGAUGGAUUAAACUGAGGUCCCUUGUUAAUUUGACCUAAGUUUUUAAAACACAAGAACCUGAUAUUGUUUGGAUGUCAUAUUUUUUUGGCACAGACCUGGAAGUUUAUAGUAUUUGCUUUAUGCUUCUAUGUA